UGUGCUACGAAGGUCAUGGCGUUGAGGCUGGUACUGUGAAUUUCUUUCUUGCCGAGAGUGGGAUUAUACAGCAUUUUCGAAGCAUGCACCGUAGCAUUGCUGUUGACGAUGAAAUGCAGAGGAAGUGCAAGGAACUUUUCGAACAACUGCAUGGGCAAGAGACUGCCAAGGUUGUAGAGCAAUUAUCUGCCCUUCGUUUACAGCAGCAGAAGGAUAACAGUGCAUCCCAUUGUUAUUCUAUGUUUACUGUAACAUAUGAGACCAAUCAGACAGUGUCAAGCGAAGCAUCGAUGGAUAUUGUGGCAAGAAAUGAACGAGAAGCGACAAAAUUAUAUGGCUUGGUACUAAAAGAUCAAGGGAUCCUAAAGCCUCUGGGAUGUGUGCCUUGUAUAAUCACUGUGAAACCAUACAAAUGCGACAAACGAGGACAGUCGUAUAAAGUCUGGGGCAAUGAUGAUAAAAUAUAUGUUGAAUGUUUCAUACCUGGCAAUAAGAUGAAUUUACUCAACAGUGACAGAACUCAACCACUCCAGCAACCACAACCAGUUAUGGCAAAUUCAGUUGGAAAGUUUAGUCUUUUUAAAACCCCACUGGAAGUUUUGAGAUCUGUUUUUGGAUAUGAAGACUUUCGGCCCAAACAACUUGAAUCGAUUGAACACAUUGUCUCGGGAGAGGAUGUUAUUGUUGUUAUGCCAACUGGAGGUGGGAAAACAGUCAUUUAUGCAAUACCAAGUCUGAUUUUGCCAGGUAUGGCUGUGGUUAUAUGUCCUUUAAUGAUGCUAAUGUGUGACCAGGUGGCCAGACUACGACGUCUUGGUAUUAAUGCUUGUUACUAUAAUACAAUGCUAAGUGACAAUGAACGACAAAACAUUAUUCACAACCUUGUGCAACCAGAUUGUCAAUAUCAGUUUGUGUUUAUAAGUCCAGAAGCUGCCACAAGUUCUCAGUUUCAAAGCUGUUUACACAACUUAUCUCAAAAGAAAAAAAUUAACCUAUUUAUAAUUGAUGAAGCACAUUGUGUGGACACAUGGGGGUGCAACUUUCGCCCAGCUUAUCAGCAGUUGGGUAUCCUGAAGAAUUAUGGUGUACCAAUUGUUGCUCUCACUGCAACAGCAACAAAUAAAACAUUAGUGACAAUUGCUGAAGUACUACGUAUGCCAAAGCACACUGUUGUGAAAAUGAGUUGUAGACGAAAUAAUUUAUCAUUUUCUGUCAUUCCAAAGAAAGAAACUAAAGCAAAGAAUCAAGUGUGUGAAUUGAUCUUGGGGGAAUUUAACAAUUCAUGUGGUAUAAUUUAUUGUGCAAGACAAGCUGAUGCUGUUGAAAUGGCUUUUGAACUGAAGAGUCAUGGUAUUUCUGCUACAUUUUACCAUGCAGGAAUGGACAGCAGAGAUCGAAUGGCAAAUGCUACCUUGUGGCUAGAAGAUAAAGUGCAUGUGAUUUGUUGCACUAAUGCAUUUGGGAUGGGUAUAGAUAAAAAAGGUGUUCGAUUUGUGAUACAUUUGACGAUGCCUUCAUCAUUGGAAGAUUUUGCACAAGAACUGGAAGGGGUGGUCGUGAUGGUUAUACAUGUACAUGUGUGUUGCUUUUCCGUUUCGAGGACAGAUCAUUCCACCUUCGCAACAUCUCUCUUACAGCUACAAGUUCUGCCAAGCUUUUGCAACUGA